AUGCCAACCUAUGUAAAGUUUUUGAAGGACAUUUUGACAAAGAAAAGGAGGCUUAGCAAGUUUGAAAUGGUUGUUUUGACAGAGGGCUGCAGUUUUAUGUUGAAGAGUAAAGUUCCACCUAAAUUGAAAAAUCCGGGUAGCUUUAUAAUUCCAAUUUCUAUUGGGAGUCGAGAUGUUGGAAGAGCUCUUUGUGAUUUGGGAGCUAGUAUUAAUCUCAUGCCCAUGUCUAUUUUCAAGAAAUUGGGAAUUGGAGAAGUAAGGUUAACCACCGUCACUUUGCAAUUAGCGGAUCGUUCUAUGGCCCAUUCGGAUGGAAAAAUUGAAGAUAUUUUGGUACAAGUUGAUAAGUUCACUUUUCUGGCCGAUUUCAUUAUUCUUGACUAUGAGGAAGAUAGGGAAAUUCCAAUUAUUUUAGGGAGGUCAUUUCUUACUACAGGAAAGACUUUGAUAGAUUUUGAAAAAUGA